GCUCACUCUCCAAUUUUUCACUUCCCAGCAUCCUUUCUCUCCUCUGGUUUAAAUUUUUUUUUCUUCAUCACACAUUCAAACCGACCGGAGUGUAUUAUUAAGAAACGCAGAGAUGGCCCCAAAGAACAAGUCUUCCGAAAACAUUAACGCCAAGCUUGGUUUGGUUAUCAAGUCUGGUAAGUACACCCUUGGUUACAAGUCCGUUGUCAAGUCCUUGAGAACCGGUAAGGCCAAGUUGGUCCUCAUUGCUGGUAACACCCCAGUCUUGAGAAAGUCCGAAUUGGAAUACUACGCUAUGUUGUCCAAGACUCAAGUUUACUACUUCCAAGGUGGUAACAACGAAUUGGGUACCGUUUGUGGUAAGCUUUUCAGAGUUGGUACCAUGGCUAUUUUGGAUGCUGGUGACUCUGACAUCUUGUCUACCCUCGCUUAA